AUAAAAAUAGGCGCUUUUUCGCUUUUUAACAUGUUGACAUUUAGACAUCACUUCCUGUUUAUAUGCACGUGAAAUUUUUUUCAGGAGUAUUCAGGCCUCAUACACGAUUUCAGAUCGUGAGGACAACUAAUAGCUGUAUGUAGCAGGCAAUAUGUCCCAUAUGAUGGACCCUCACCUCUGUCAGACUCCUAAAUUUAAAACCAUUAAGGAAGAAUCAGAAUUCUCUCUCUUUUCUCCAUUGAACUCUGAUAACAACAACAAAAAAUCUAAAAAGAAAAAGAAGAAGAAGGAUAAAAACCAUGAGAAAAGCUCAAAAACAGAGGACGUGAAUGGAGAUGUACAAAUUAAACAAGAAGAGGACAGUCAUAUGCAUAAGGUAACAAAUGAGAGUGUUGAUGUGAAACAAGAGAUUGUGGAAUCAGGACAAAGAGAGAAAAAACAUAAAAAGAAAAAACAUAAAAAAGACAAAGAAGGAAAAGACACUAAACAUGAGAAAGAUGAGGAUUUCAAGCCAAAUGACAUAAGGUAUGAAAGUGAAAAAGGAAAUGAAACUAUAAAUGUUAAAGAAGAAACCAUUGAAGCUAAGAAAAAACAUAAAAAGAAAAAGCACCAACAUAAAGAGGAAAAACAAGAAAGGACUGUGCAGCAAGAUAUAGUUAGACAUGUAAAGAAAAAUCAGACCUUAAUUACAGAUUUAUUCAAUUCUAAAGUUCCAAAGAUUGAAACAAGUAGUCCGUCAAUUGACAUGGACUUGGACCCAUUUGACACAAAAGACAUGAAUGGAAAUGAUACUAUGGCAAUGGAAACAACAGCUACUGUUUCUAGGAAAAGGAAAUUAAGUGACAGAGUAGAUGAGCAAAAUCAUACUCCUAAUAAAACAAGAAACAAGUUUAGUUAUACCUGCACAGGAAACCAGGGGAUAAGAUUUAAAUUGGAUGAGACCUUUGCAAGUUCUGGGGUACCAGUUGGAGGAAACACACUUUCACAUGAGGACAUUCAAGACAAAAAUAAACAACUAGUACUCAUCAAGAUGCCUAAAGACUUUGAUAUCAAAUCACUGGAUGGUGAACAGCUGGACUUUUCCAGGAAUGCACAAUUGCAACAUGCAUUGUCUGAAAGGAAGGAUGGUGGUGAGUUCAUCAUGGAGACAAGGCUAUCAAAACAACCCAUGAAUUGGCAGUGCUCAUUGGUAGUACCACGUAAGGAGAAACCUCUCUUGAAUGCAGUAAAGACAGAGUUCUCGGCUUAUAUGCAAAUUGUUAAGACUUUGAGAAAGUCAACAUUGGAAAAAUCCCCAGUUGAGCCUCAACCUGAUAUCUUCCAAGGAAUCUGUCUACCCCCUAGAGUCCCCCCUGCAGCUACGAAGAUACCGACUGGCCUCAAAGUGAGGUAUAUACCAUUCGGAGCAGAUGUUGUCAGCCCUGUUCCAAUGCCACCUAAAGUUCACCCCAGUGGGAAAGUGAACAUGGACUCUAGCAUAGCAUCUCCAAUACCAGCCAUUGAUACACAAAGAUCGGAGUCCAAACACAAGUCAAAGAAGAAAAAGAAGCACAAGAAACAUAAGAGCUAAGAUACUUGGUGAUUUAAUAACAAAUUAUUAUAGACUUGCAGCGUUGACCCUCAGGCCAAUGGAUUUUUGUGUUACACAGGCUAUGGAGAAGGGACCUAGAUUACGAGAUAUCUCAUAAAUAAAAGAUAAUGGGACAAAAUUACAACAGACGUAAUUCAUCAUAUUGACCCUGUAUAAUAAUAUGCAUGUGUUCAAAUA